GAAAAAGCAGAAACUGAAAGCUGCUAGCAGAGCUAGCUUGUCGUUCUGGUGUGUGAGGAGAAUUUUUGAGGCGGUUAGCUCUACUCCGUGAACUCUGCUGUUAGCUAAACACGGCUAAAGAAAACCUGCUACCACUUCAGGAUCAUCCAUCAGCUGGGACUGAUUCAUCGUGUGUUCUUCACCACCUGGACCUGGACAUCAUGGACACAGAUGUUCAACAGAUUGUGCAGGUUAAAGAAGAUUCUGAAAAACAGAGUGCGGGUGUGGAACAGCAGGACCCAGAACAUCUCCACAUAAAGGAGGAAAAGGAGGAACUCUGGACCAGUCUUAAGGGAGAGCAUCUCUGUUUGAAGGAGGAAACUGAUUCUGCCUGUUCUCAAUUCAGUGUUGUUUCUACAAAGAGUGAGGAUGAUGAAGAGAAACGUCUGUUUUCACAGCUUCAUCAGCAGCAAGUAGAAAACAAAGAUGUUCCAACCAGCAGCUCAUCUGACCAGAUGACAGCGGAAAUUUGUGGGGUAUCAGGAACUAGCAGGAACCCAGAUCUGAACCCUCAUGAACAAACAUCUGAUUCUUCAGAGACUGAAGUUAGUGGAGAUGAUGAUAUGAAUCUUGACUCUGGGAUGUCAGACUCUGAGUCUGAAACUGGAGACAAAGACCAUGACUGGAAUGAGAAAAGGUCUUCUGAGUCAGAUGUUAAGACUGUCAACAUAUCCUUUAGCUGUCUUGAGUGCGGUGAACGAUUUCAUGACAAGCAGUCUCUCCAGAAACACGUGAGAGUAACCAGCCAUUCAGCAAUCAGGUCUUCCAGCUUUUUGGUUAAUAAGAAAUCGGUUAGACUUAAGCAACCUGUAGAUCCAAACAGGGAAGUCCAGAAAGAACUAAAAUCAUUUAGUUGUGACUGUGGAAAAAUAUUUGGGAGAAAAUCAAGUUUUAACAGACACCAGAGAAUCCACACAGGACAGAAACCUUUUGCCUGUGAGCUCUGUGGAAAUCGAUUUACCCAAAAGUCAACUUUAAACACUCACAUGAGAGUCCAUACAGGACAGAAACCUUUUAUCUGUGAGCUCUGUGGAAAUGGAUUUACCGAAAAGUCAACUUUACGCAGUCACAUGAGAAUCCACACAGGGCAGAAACCUUUUAUCUGUGAUCUCUGUGGAAAUGGAUUUACCCGUAAGUCAAACUUAAACACUCAUAUGAUCAAACACACAGGACAGAAACCUUUUAUCUGUGAGCUCUGUGGAAAUCGAUUUACCGAAAAGUCAACUUUAAACACUCACAUGAGAGUCCACACAGGACAGAAACCUUUUAUCUGUGAGCUCUGUGGAAAUCGAUUUACCGAAAAGUCAACUUUACACAGUCACAUGAGAGUCCACACAGGGCAGAAACCUUUUAUCUGUGAUCUCUGUGGAAAUGGAUUUACCCGUAAGUCAAACUUAAACAGUCACAUGAGAGUCCACACAGGACAGAAACCUUUUAUCUGUGAGCUCUGUGGAGAUCGAUUUACCGAAAAGUCAACUUUAAACACUCACAUGAGAGUCCACACAGGACAGAAACCUUUUAUCUGUGAUCUCUGUGGAAAUCGAUUUACCUGUAAGUCAAACUUAAACAGUCACAUGAGAGUCCACACUGGACAGAAACCUUUUAUCUGUGAGCUCUGUGAAAAAAGCUUUAAAAAUAAGUCAAAUUUAAGCAGUCACAUGAGAGUCCACACAGGACAGAAACCUUUUUCUGUUAGCUCGGUGAAAAAAGAUUUACCCAAAAGCAGCUCUGAUCAAGACAGGAAGACACUGAACACGUUGGAUAACAAGGCUAGCUCGGUUCUGAGCUGCCCACUGGAUUCAGUUAAGGAGAUCAACGCGACAUCUUCUGCAACUACCACGACCACAAAAAGCAGCACAACUGCAGCUGUGAACCCUGCCGUCGGAACAUCAAUCACGCUUCAAAAAUUGUUUGGAUCACCUGCGGUGCUUCAGGCAAAGGUGCUCUGGUGUCUGAACACUGCCGUGCAGCACCACUCCUAUGCAUCCAAUGAAGGUGUUUCGGAGUUGUUCCAGGCAAUGUUUUCGGAUUCUGAAAUGGCUAAAUCUUUCACCUGUGGAAAGGACAAGACAAGCUACGUUUUAAAGUUUGGACUCGCCCCACAUGUCAAAAAAGAACUGAUUUCUGCAGCUAACAACGCUGGACCAUUUGUGCUGAUGUUUGAUGAAAGCUUCAACCAGUCCACAAAAAAUAAACAACUAGACGUCCAUAUUCGAUUUUGGGAGGCUGGUGCUGUCCAGUCACGUUAUCUUGGAUCACAGUUUGUGGGCCAUUCAAAGGCUAAAGAUUUGCUGCACCAUUUCAAAACUUCAGGCUGUGUUCAACAGAUGGUGCAGGUUAAAGAAGAUCCUGAAGAACAGAGUGCGGGUGUGGACCAGCAGGACCCAGAACAUCUCCACAUAAAGGAGGAAAAGGAGGAACUCUGGACCAGUCUUAAGGGAGAGCAUCUCUGUUUGAAGGAGGAGACUGAUUCUGCCUGGUUUCAGUUCAGUGCUGUUUCUUUAAAGAGUGAGGAUGAUGAAGAGAAUCGUCUGUUAUCACAGAUUCAUCAGCAGCAAAUAGAAGACAAAGAUGUUCCAACCAGCGGCUCAGCUGACCAGAUGACAGCGGAAACUGGUGGAGGAGCAGGAACUAGCAGGAACCCAGAUCUGAACCCUCAUGAACAAACAUCUGAUUCUUCAGAGACUGAAGUUAGUGGAGAUGAUGAUAUGAAUCCAGACUCUGGGAUGUCAGACUCUGGGUCUGAAACUGGAGACGAAGACCAUGACUGGAAUGAGAAAAGGUCUUCUGAGUCAGGUGUUAAGACAGUCAACAUAUCCUUUACCUGUCUUGAGUGCGGUGAACGAUUUCAUGACAAGCAGUCUCUCCAGAAACACGUGAGAGUAACCAGCCAUUCAGCAAUCAGGUCUCCCAGCUCUUUGGUUAAUAAGAAAUCGGUAAGACUUAAGCAAUCUGUAGACUCAUUUAGGGAAGUCCAGAAAGAACUAAAAUCAUUUAGUUGUGGUGACUGUGGAAAAAUAUUUAGGAGAAAAUCAACUUUUAACAGACACCAGAGAGUCCACACAGGACAGAAACCUUUUGCCUGUGAGCUCUGUGGAAAAAGAUUUACUGAAAAGUCAACUUUAAACACUCACAUGAGAAUACACACAGGACAGAAACCUUUUGCCUGUGAGCUCUGUGGAAAUCGAUUUACACGUAAGUCAAACUUAAACACUCACAUGAGAGUCCACACAGGACAGAAACCUUUUAUCUGUGAGCUCUGUGAAAAAAGCUUUAAACAUAAGUCAAAUUUAAACAGUCACAUGAGAGUCCACACAGGACAGAAACCUUUUGUCUGUGAGCUCUGUGGAAAAAGAUUUACAGAGAAGUCGACUUUAAACGAUCACGUGAGAGUCCACACAGGACAUAAACCUUUUGUCUGUGAGCUCUGUGAAAAAAGAUUUACCCAAAAGUCGCAUUUAAACACUCACAUGAGAGUCCACACAGGACAUAACCAUUUACUUGUGAAUUCUGUGGAGAAAGAUAUGGACAAAAGAAAAAAAAUUUCAGGCACAUGAGUGUCCACACAGGAUAGAAACCUUCUGUUAAUGAGCUGUGCUGACAAAUUUAAAGUGACAGUGUGUACUUUCCCUGGCAAUAGGGGGGCAGUACAAACCUAAAUGAUUGCAAGCAAGCAGUAUGUUUGUGUUCAAGUAAGACUUGACCAAUGGAUGGCUAUUAGGGUCAAAAACAUCUGCACUUUUCAAACAUGUACUUCAUCGGAUCUCUGCUGCGGGGUUGGGUGUUUGUGCUCCCGACUGACCCAUGUUCAUUUGUGUCAAGUAUUUUAGACUUCUAUGUUUUUACACUAUUUUAACUCAUUCACUCCCAGCCGUUUCCUGAUCAGAAAAGCCCUUCGCUGCCAGCGUUUUCACUGUAUUUUUAAGAGUCACAGAAUGUUGUGCGCUAGGAUGAUGCCAACACCAAAACCAACAAAACAAAGAGUAGACUCACCUCUAAAAUUAAGGAGAAUAUGUGUGUUUCACACGUUAUACGUUUUUUCAUAAUCCGUUGUUGAGUUGUGAUCGGCAGAAGCUUUUCAGGUUUGAGCCUCACUUUUUUUACAGCAAUGGCCCAAAACGAUCUGCUAACACAUGGAUUUUCUGCUUCCUGAUCACAUGAUGUGUGACGUAUGCAGAUGAAGAUCGGCUUUAGAGCUGGGAUGUUUGUUCUUACAGUGCGGGGGCUCAUUCCGACGCCCACACAGUAAAAAAAUGCAAAUGACAACUUUAGUGGACUCUCACGUGAUCGUUUAAAGUCGUCAUUGAAAGUUAAUGAGUUAAGUGUUCUGGUGGUAGGGUUAAGGUUGGUUUAUGCUUGACACGUCCGCGAGGUUCGCAUGGCUCCGCACGGCAAAAUUGCGUCAUUUUAACAACCACGCCCCUCCACCGCGCCUCCGCACGGCCCAAACUUUCCGCACCGCGCACUUAGGAAAUUUUCUAACCACGCGGACAGUCGGACACAGAAAAACUUGGCGAACUGGCAAGAACUAGUUUGGCAGAGGUAAGUAAAUGUAGACAUUUGUAUGAUUCCGCUCUCAAAGAUCACCAUGAUCAACAUGUUGUUAAUAAUUCUUGGAGAGAAAUAGCUCGCACUGUUGGAAAAGACGAGGACGCUGGUAAAAAAUACUGGAAUGCCAUGUUGUAAACAACAGUAAUUUUUACUUCUACGAUGGUGUAGUGUUGGAUGCAUGCUGUAGAGCUCCAUGCUGCCCCAUUCAGUUUGGGAGAAUAUUGGCUCACCUCAGAGACAAGCUGCACGAACCAUAAACGCUUUGAGUUGUGAAGCGCGUUCCAUCUGCAAGCCGCAUCACCAAGCGGAAAGUAAAUGAGUCAAGCAUAAACCAAGCUUCAGGGUCAGGGUUGAGGGGUUACAGACAGAGUGACUUCUUACUAGGCUUCUAGCAACAAAAUGGGGUUUAAUAUAACAUUUAGUUGCCUUAAAAGUGCCUCUAAAAGCACAACUUCUCUUAUUUUAGUAAACACAAUGUUUGGGAUCCUUAGCACAAAAAUGUCUUUUAGAAAAGGUGUAUCUAAAAUUAUAUAAUAUUUUUUAAGUCUCUUUUUUAAUAUACACAGAUUCCAUCCUUUGCUUCAGUUUUCACCAAACACAAUAAAAUAUAGACCCAUUGCAUAUUAUUGUUUACAUCCAGGUAACUGAGCACAUCCACACUAGCUGGAGGGCUAGAACCCCGUCUCCAGCCGUUACCCAGAGCUGUAUCUCCAUGAUUUAAGUUAACAAAAUAAAACCUAGGCAUUUACAUAUGACUACUUUAGAUUAUCUAACACAUCUUGGUGUAGAUGAACCAAAAAUAAACAUUCUCUAAGCUAAUGAUGUUUAGCACAAAACUUCCAGAUGAGUUUGAAAUAGCUAGCUAGUGUAAUCUUUAAUAGCUAGCUAGUGUAAUCUUUAAUAUGGAUGACAAUAAUUUCAGUUUCAUUCAAUCAGAAUGAGGAAUUAGUGUCAUUUAGUAAGGAAUUAUUUUGCGUAUAAUAAUACAGAAUUGAUCUGAUUAUUUGUUUUAUAUUCUCUCAAAGUUAUUCUUAUAUAUACCCCCUUGCCCUAGUUUUGGUUCCUAUGUGCUGUGUUGGAGGGGAAGAAAAAAAGAGGGCACGAGGAAGUGUGGGGGAAAAAAUACAAAAAAUAAAGAAGCCGAGUCAAGACUGUGCUGCGUGGUGGUUUUUAUAAGCUAGGAGGAUAAAAAAGGUUAUAACUCAUUUCAGCUCAACUGUAACCCGCCUAAGACCCACAGCCUCCGGUACUGAUGAGCAGUGAAAAUGAUGGAUAUGUGAGGCAGAUAUUUUACUUUAAUUCUGUCACUGUCUCCCACUAUGUGGGUGGUUUAGCCACUAGAACUGGUACUGCCUUUAGUCUGUUUUAUUAGCUGGAAACCUGUAAAAUUUAACUUUUCUGUUCUUCAUUCAUCUACUUGUGCAGCCUACAGGACUGUGUGUGUUUUCUAGUUUUAGUCUUCAGUGUUUUAUAUCUAAUUCUAUUCAUUUUUGUUUUGUCCUUUAUUGCUGUAAAGCAUACUGAGUUGCCUUUGCUUGGCAAAUGUGCUAUAUAAAUAAAGCUGCCUUGUUUA